AUGGGUCACCAGCAGCUCUACAGGAGCCAUCCAAGGAAAUUUGGCCAGAGCUUUCGUUUUUGCCGUGUGUGCUCUAACCAGCAUGGUCUGAUCCGGAAGCAUGGCCUCAACAUGUGCCUCCAGUGUUUCCAUCAGUACCUGAAGGAUAUAGGUUUCAUUAAGUUGGAUUAA